GCCUACCAUGAGGGCAGAAAACCGAAGUGUAAGGAAGAUAGCUCACAGCUACAUCAGGAUGAUCAAGCAGGUCCAAAGAUAUGGGCCUUACUACCUAGCUGGCCAGUCCUUUGGGGGUCUUGUGGCAUAUGAAAUAGCAAGUAUCCUGACUGAGCAACGUGAAGAUGUGGCAUUUGUAGCAAUGAUUGACACAUUUCCAUGGUACCUACCAAACAGAACUGGUACUGCCAGGCUGGAGUUGCUCUUUAGUGGUUCAAAGCUGGACAAACUAAUAGACGGUCUAUUUGAGGCAACAUUUGAGCAAGUGCUUUGUAGGCUGGCUUCUACCAGCCUUGGAAUGACAACAGAGGAAUAUAAAGAACUGAGAGAGAAGGAGACCCUAGUUGACACCAUCAAAUGUCUUCAACAAAGAGCCAUGGAUAAAAACAUCCCCUUGUAUGACAUUACUCUGCUUCAAGACUCUCUCCGUCAUGACAACAGAAUGGCUACCAGUAAACACAAGGAAUGGAAGCCACCACAGGUUCGGUUCAAAGGCCCUCUCACCUAUAUGAAGAGCGCAGAUCAACGAUAUACACCAACUCGCCCACUUCAAGAGGAUUCAGAUUCUGAUGCUUCAUGGGCUGCGUUGGUAGAUGGCAACAUUGAUGUCUAUAUCUGCCCAGGAGAUCACCUUGCCCUUGGUGAACCAGAAGAUGGUGCAAUUGUCGGUGGUAUUUUGGCCACAGCUGUUGGUAUAAGAUAUAGGACCCUUUGUCCAAGUCUUCCUCGACUGCCUACAUCCUUAAAACAAAGACGAGCUAUUGGCAAAUUUGAGGCUGGAGUUGAUGUUCUACUGUAUUCCAAGAAAGCAUCCAGAAACACCCGCAAGGGAUCUAUGUACCUAGAUGUCAGGGCCCACACAUUGACAUUCAAAACCAUGCUCCAAAAGUCUGACAGUGCAAAUCAGAAGAGUGAUGCGAAGAAGAUAGACAUCAAAGAAUUAAGAAAUGUCCUUCCGGGGAAGUAUGAGCCAAGCGCCAUCAAGAUUGCCUCCAAGGCACAAGACACUUCAGACCAGCAUACAUUCAAUCUUAUGCUUGUAACCUCUGUUGUGACUCCAAAGAGGACUUACAACUUUCAGUGGCACAGCUUUGAAGACAUGAGAGGGUUCUUCACCAUGGUUGAAGCCAUCAUGGGCGUGACCAUCUCCAAAGUGUGAUACACCAGAAAAGGAAAAGAUUGACGUUUUGACGAGUAUGAACUUUGCUUCACGGCCAGGCAAUGAUUGUUGCGAACAACGGUGGAAUCUCGAUUUCACACACCUCCUCAUUAUUCAAACUUUUUUGCUCCCUUGGCAAAAAUGCAAAUUGCUUAAUGUUUCAAACAUUUUCCACUCCGCUAAAUAGUCCGAGCAUUUGGGAUUCCACUAUAGUAUACUUUCUUCAAUUUUUAAAUUAGAACUAAGUUUGAAUUACUAAAAGUUUAAUACAUAUUUUUUUAUCAUUGUUACAAAAUUUUAUCAUAGUAUUAGUUUGGUGAAGAGCUUUAUCAAACCGUUAUUAAAAGCAUAGAGUAUCUUACAGACUAAUUAGGGGAACGGGUAAUAGUUCAUAACUGAAAGAACAUUGAAAACCCAAAUUUUGAAUCCCCUGAUUAUUGGAAGCAAUUUCCGCCCCCUUUAGUGGUUUGUAAAAUCAAGAUUCCGUGAUAUUUUAUUUUGAACUGUUUGAAAAAGUAGUAGCCUAGUGUUGUACUACAAAAUGUUUCAUGAUUUUUUGGUCAGUAUUACACAAUUUUAUAUCAGUAUAUUCAUUAGGUGAAUAGUUUAAUCAAGCUGUGAUUUUGUGCUUAGAGUUUCUUACAAGGGGAACUUUUACUUGAUCAGUUCAUAACUGACAGUACGGUGGAAUCCCGAUUCUUUGAACCUCCUGAUUAUUCAAAGUUAUUUUAUGCUGCCUUGGCUAAACAUUCAGGAGAAAAAGUUGGUGUGAUGUCGGAUUUGCCUUGAUUUUGAGCUCUGUCAGUUGAAAAAUGGCUCUAGCUCACCAACGAGC